AAGGGAGGAAAAGGCGGAGCAAAGAAAGCCCCAGCAAUCGUAAUCGAUGGAGUGGACACAUCCGAGAUGACACGGGAAAAACUCGAGCAAUUCACGCUCAGGGUAAAAGAAGAAUUGGACAAAGAAAGAGAGGAAAGAAACUACUUCCAAUUAGAAAGAGAUAAAAUAAGAACAUUCUGGGAAAUAACAAGACAACAAUUGGAAGAAGCGAAGGCGGAACUAAGGAACAAGGAAAGAGCUACCGAAGAGGCUCAAGAAGAGAAUGAAGCGCUAUUGGAAACAGAGAAGCAGAAAAUAAAACAUUUGAAGUACGAACAGCAAGCUGCCUCAGCUGCUUUACGCGCUGAAAAUUUAGUUGCUUUGAAAGCAGCGAAAGAAGAACAUACAGAACAAGAAUUGGAGCUUCUCAAUGACAAACGUACAUUACGCCAAGAAAUGAGAGAGAAAAUUCUAGCAGCGCAAGACGAGUUGCGACGCGCGAAAUUAAUUCACGCUGAAGAACUGUCAAACACGAGAUCCGUGUUUGAAGAGCGAGCACGACAAAUCGAGGAUAAAGCAGAGAAGAAACUGCAGGAGACAAAAGUGGAAUUAACCGUUAAACACAGAACGGAGAUAGCCGAGGUUGAGGAGAGGAAGAAUAAACAAUUAUCUGAGCUGAUUGCACACCACGAGAGAGCGUUUUCGGAUUUGAAGAACUAUUACAAUGAUAUUACUCUAAAUAAUUUAGGCUUAAUCAGUAGUCUAAAACAACAGAUGGAGGACAUGCAAAAGGUAAAAGAGAGGGCAGAGAAAAUUGCAAGAGAUGCUGUGGCUGAGACCAAGAGUCUUAGAGAACCGUUGGAGGCUGCGAUAAUUGAUAACAAGGAGUUGAAACGGCAGAUGUCUAACUAUGAUCGGGACAAAGCGGCGCUGGCAGCUAAAACAAAACAACUUGCAUCUUUAGAAAAACAGUUCGAAGUACUUAAAUGGGAAUAUGAGGUGUUACAAGUUCGCUUCGAAAGAAUUCUCGCUGAGAGAGAUGAAUUGAAAGCAAGAUUUUCUAGAGCAGUUCUUGAAGUUCAACAGCGAGCGUCUUUAAAAACUGCACUUUUGGAGGCGAAAUUGAAAAAUAUGGAGGGAAGGGAUCUUGGGCCAAGGGAAAUGCAUGAGCUGUUAAAAUUGAAAGACACUCAAGUAGAAGAUCUGCGCUAUGAAGCGGCAAGACUCCGAAAAGCUCACGAUGACCUAUUGGCUACGUACGAAGCAAAAUUGGCCAAACUUGGUGUGCCAGCCGAAGAACUAGGAUUUAAACCAUUGAAAGCGGUUGCCGUUGCGGGACUCUCGCCUGUCAUUGGUCAAGGUCCAGCUGGUUUAGUUACAAAAGAUCAAAUAUAA